CUGACGGGGCGCAGUGCGGGCUCCCACUGCCGGGGGAGAGCUGGGGUUUCAUGGGGCGGCAGCCGAGGCGGGACCCGCAGCCAUGAGCCGCCUCAGUGGGCUCUGCAAGGUGUGCUCGGAGCGCCGCUACCGACAGAUCACCAUCCCGAGGGGGAAGGACGGCUUCGGCUUCACCAUCUGCUGUGACUCUCCGGUUCGAGUCCAGGCUGUGGAUUCUGGAGGUCCGGCGGAGCGGGCAGGCCUGCAGCAGCUGGACACGGUGCUCCAGCUCAACGAGAGGCCUGUGGAACAUUGGAAAUGCGUGGAGCUGGCCCAUGAGAUCCGGAGCUGUCCCAGUGAGAUCAUUCUGCUCGUGUGGCGCAUGGUUCCCCAGGUCAAGCCCGGGCCAGACGGCGGGGUCCUGCGACGGGCCUCCUGCAAGUCGACGCAUGACCUCCAGUCACCCCCCAACAAGCGGGAGAAGAACUGCACCCAUGGGGCCCAGGCACGGCCCGAGCAGCGCCACAGCUGCCACCUGGUGUGUGACAGCUCCGACGGGCUGCUCCUCGGGGGCUGGGAACGCUACACAGAGGUGGCCAAGCGUGGGGGCCAGCAUACCCUGCCUGCGCUGUCCCGUGCCACCACCUCCACUGACCCCAACUACAUCAUCCUGGCCCCACUGAACCCUGGGAGCCAGUUGCUGCGGCCUGUGUACCAGGAGGAUGCCAUCCCCGAAGAAUCUGGCAGUCCCAGUAAAGGGAAGUCCUACACAGGCCUGGGGAAGAAGUCCCGGCUGAUGAAGACAGUGCAGACCGUGAAGGGCCACGCCAACUACCAGAACUGCCCGGUCAUGAGGCCGCACACCCCACAUUCAAGCUAUGGGACCUAUGUCACUCUGGCCCCCAAGGUCCUGGUGUUCCCAGUCUUUGUUCAGCCUUUAGAUCUCUGUAACCCUGCCCGGACUCUCCUGUUGUCCGAGGAGCUGCUGCUGUACGAGGGGAGGAACAAGGCCAUCGAGGUGACGCUCUUUGCCUACUCCGACCUGCUGCUCUUCACCAAGGAGGAUGAGCCGGGCCGCUGCGACGUCCUGAGGAACCCCCUCUACCUCCAGAGCGUGAAGCUGCAGGAAGGUUCUUCAGAAGACCUGAAGUUCUGUGUGCUGUAUCUAGCAGAGAAGGCAGAGUGCUUAUUCACUUUGGAAGCGCACUCACAGGAGCAGAAGAAGAGAGUGUGCUGGUGCCUGUCGGAGAACAUCGCUAAGCAGCAACAGCUCACGGCUUCACCCCCGGAGCGCAAGAAACUCCACCCCUAUGGCUCCCUCCAGCAGGAGAUGGGGGCGGCCAACUCAACCAAUGCUACCCAGGAUAGAAGCUUUACCUCAUCAGGACAGACUCUGAUUGGCUGAGCAAACCCAAGGGCGGGACUCUGCUUCUGGCAACUUAACCCUUUCUUGGGCAUCCCCUACCACACAGUAACCUCACCUCAACUGGACCCAAAACGGAGGACCAAGAUGGUGGGCCUAGGGUCAUCUGAAGGGAGUGGCCCCACGGGUGUGUGUGUGGACUGGCUUCAGAAGGACCACAGUGGUGUGAGAGGCUCUGUGGGCACGUGCCGACUGGCAUCAGAAAGUCCCAUGAGAAGACUCCCAACUUUUUCUCUACGACGAGAAAGGAGAAGAAAGAGCAUCUGGGCUUCCCGUGGUGCUUGUGCCUCCUUUGGGGGCAAAGGAGAGGUUGGCGGAGGUCAGCCCUGCUGGAGAGCAAUGUCAUCAGCCUCCGCUGCCAGAAGACGUCUCAACGCAAUCACUUCUUCAUCUGUUCUCAUUCAUUCAUUCCUUCAUCCGGCAGAUAUUUGGGGGCCAUCUACUUUAUGCCAGGCUCUAGGCUAGGACCUGCGGAUUCUGUGGAGAAGGAGGUGGAUAUGGUCUCUGCUCUUAUCAAGAUACCAGUCCUAGUAGGGGAGUGAGCGUUAAAUAGACACACACACACACACAUGCAUGCACAAGAUGACAAACUGAUCAUCCAUGAAGAAAAGGAUUCCCUUAAGAGAGAAUAUUAUUUAGAUUGCUAUGGGGGGUGGGGUCAAUGGGUAGGGAAUAUAAUAACUUUUAAGUUGAGACCUGCAGGCCAGAAAGGAGUUAGCCAGUCAAGGAUUUUGGAAGCAGUGUUCCAAGCAAAUGGAACAGCCUGGGGACAGUACCUGAGAUGGGAAAGACCUUGGCCUGCUGAGGCCAGCAAAGGCUAGUGUGGCGGGAGCUACGUGAGGAGGCAAACCAGGAGGGUGGGUGGGGCCAGAUCAUGCAGGGCCACAGUGGUUAAUGUUUUGCUGAUGUCACUCUAGGUACAGUGGGAAGCCACUGAAGGCUUUCGAGAGAGGGACAGCCUCAGGUACAUUUCUAGAAGAGCAGAGAGCCCAAGGAGGCACCCAAGUGGGUAUAAAUGGAUCAGUUAAGGGGUCCGUUCAGUCUUCUGGGUGAAGAGCUGUGUUGGCCUGUCCUGGAUAGUCUGGGGAGGUAGAUAUGUGACUUUCCAGACCUUGGGAUACAGUGGCGGCUCUGGGCUGAGAGGAGAGAAUUCCCUGGCCCCCAUCCGCCUUUGUUCUCCUCCACUUUGUCUUGUUCUCUCAGUGAUGCAAGUGAGCCCUGGAGCCUUCCUCACAGAGCCUCCUCCUGGCUGGGCCUGGGUGGGCAAAGUGCUGAGUUCUAGCAAUGGCCAUGGAAGGUGGGAACAGCUGGGGCUUCGCCUGGCCCAGGUGGGAAGGUUCACAGCCCCCAGGCCUCAGUAGAGAUUGCCCAUCCUGUGCUGAAUGGCCCAACAGGAAGUUGGGACACAGUCCUCUAGAAACAGAUUUGGUUUGCUUUCUGCAGAGCUCCCAAGGUUCAGGGACGGGGGCUAGGUGUGGCUCAGCUAAAAGAAGACCAGUUGGGGGUGAGUGAUUAGAGCCCAGCCUGGUCAAGGCCUGGAGCUCAGGCUUGUACAGCUCUCCUACCCUUCUCUAACUGCCAAGACCUAGAGGGAGGGAAGUCAGAGGUCACAGGUCUGAGUAAUACAGGUCGGACACAAAAGGUAUAUGUAGGACCACAAUCAAAGAAGCUGGAGAGAUGGCUCAGGCCAGAGAAGCCCCUGGACCUUGGAUGGUCUCUGCGUCAUGUCCUGUAAGAGCUCAGUGUCUUUAGAGAGGGCUCUUAUGCCUGGUGAGGUUGUUUAGCUGCCGUGGCCACUUGCACUCCACGAAGGAUGGCCCAGAAGGGAAUGCUAUGUCCCUCACCUCCCGUGUAGGCAAGAUCAGACACCUCUUGGAGAGGGGAUGGCAUGUAUCUGCCAGUGACCGUGCCGAUGUCCCAGCCCAGUAGGGGAACAGGCUGGGCCUCGAGGCCUGGCGAUACCCAUGUCUGGGGGCCUAGACUCCGCCCGCAGGGUUCAUUCUGAGAGGCUGAGCAGCUGCCUCAGCAGAGACAGCAAGCUGCACUUGGAUUUCAUUUGAUUCCCUUAUAAAAUAACAUUAAGGGGAAUGGAAGGCCCGGGAGGAUCGCCUGUCUGGAAAGGCAGCAAGCUCGACUCCCCAGGACUUGGUGACCAACCUCCGCCCCCCCAGACUGUUGCCGAGGACAGGAGCUCUGGCCACUGGGAAAUGGAGAAUCAGAACACAACACGGAGCCCUGGGGACAGGGCAUUCCUCCCAGCUUGUCCCCGACAACCUGCCGACUUGACUCGUGCUCCCGUUGGAGUCCUAGGCCCAGCUGACCACUGGGGGAGCAAACAUCAGCUCCUGGAGGAGCCACAGGCCCGUCCAUCUGGGGACUGUGGGGAGCCACAGCACCACUGAGGCUCUGCCUCUCAGAUGGAUGAAACAAUGCCCUGGGCUCCACGGGCUCGAGAAGAUGAAACAUGACCGAGCGGCUGCCGCUCUUCAGUGUCCCUGGCUGUCCCAGCCCGGGAUGAUGGACAUGCCAUGGAAAUGGCAUCUGAGAGUCAUAAUCACGGGAAACACGGCUGGGCCCCGCCCUCCACAUAAAUCAUGCUAAGAAACCUACACAAUGGUCUCUUUCCUGAUGGUCCAAUUGUCUUCGUUUGGUGUCUGGGGCCUGGGAGCGGGGAGGAUGGGAGCAAACCAUUUAUUGUUAAAAAGGCCAUCUGUGCGAUUUGAAUACAAAGUGAUCCUUUAAGUUCUC